GGGCACGCGGCGCCCAGCACGGAUGGCGGGAAGGUCUUCUGCAUGUUCUACGCGCUGCUGGGCAUCCCGCUCACGCUGGUCAUGUUCCAGAGCCUGGGCGAGCGGAUCAACACGGUGGUGAGGUGCCUGCUGCACCGCCUGAAGAAGUGCCUGGGGAUGCGGCGGCCGGAGGUGUCCAUGGCAAACAUGGUCACCAUCGGCUUCUUCUCGUGCAUCAGCACGCUGUGCGUUGGCGCCGCGGCAUUCUCCUACUACGAGAGCUGGACCUUCUUCCAGGCCUACUACUACUGCUUCAUCACGCUCACGACCAUCGGCUUCGGGGACUACGUGGCCCUGCAGAAGGAGCAGGCGCUGCAGACCAAGCCGCAGUACGUGGCCUUCAGCUUCAUCUACAUCCUGACCGGGCUGACCGUCAUCGGCGCCUUCCUCAACCUGGUGGUGCUGCGCUUCAUGACCAUGAACGCCGAGGACGAGAAGCGCGACGCCGAGCACCGCGCCCUGCUCACGCGCAACGGGCAGGCCAGCAGCGCGCACGCCGCCGGCCCCGCCGCCUCCGCCACGGCCGCGGCGGCGCUGGGGAGCGGCGGCAGCGGCGGCGGGGGGCUGCGCAACGUGUACGCCGAGGUGCUGCACUUCCAGUCCAUGUGCUCCUGCCUGUGGUACAAGAGCCGGGAGAAGCUGCAGUACUCCAUCCCCAUGAUCAUCCCGCGCGACCUCUCCACCUCGGACACGUGCGUGGAGCGCAGCCACUCCUCGCCCGGGCGCGACGCGCAGACGCCGCCCAGCCGCUGCUUCUGCCACGCGCGGCGCUCGGCCAUCAGCUCCGUCUCCACGGGCCUGCACAGCCUCUCGGCCUUCCAGGGACUCAUGAAGCGCCGCAGCUCCGUCUGA